AUGGACAAAACAUCCUAUCCACCUCAACCAUCCAUCGAAUCCACCUAUGUGGCAAUGCAGCCGACCAAACAAGCGACCAUGAACGCUGCUAAGCCUUCCGACGGAGUAUCGAAGCAAUCCGAAGAGACAUUGCGUCUUCGAGGAGGAUGUCCCGGUGCGUUCGGCUCAGAGCAGACGGGAGAAGACCCGCCUUGUUGUUGGUGCGGAUGGGCAUAA